CGGUGUUUGCGGCCGGGUUUGUUGCUGAGGUGAAUAAACAGCCGAGAGCCGGCACCCCAUCAGUGAGAGGAAUGUUGGUGACAGCUCUGCUGCGUGACGGAAGGGUGGUGUCGAAUUGAGGAGGGGAAACGGGGUAGUCUUAUCGGGUGUUCUGGGUAUUUUUUCCCCCAUUACCUCCCCCUCUUUUCUUUUCCCUUUAGACUCAUUGGAGUGUUUGAGGAGCUACUUCAGCCAAGGACGGGUUUUGAAGAAGAGUAAAGAUGUCUGAAGAUCAGGCUGAGGAAACUAGACUCUGUGCUAACUGCCAACGAGACAUUCCUGCAACUAACUUCACCAUUCAUGAAAUCCACUGUAGAAGAAACAUUGAUCUUUGCAGGUAUUGUCAUGAACCCUUUCCUAAAUCUGAGAUGGAAGAACACUUUGAAACAGAGCAUGCAUUGGUCAACUGUAAGUGCAACAUGAAGGUAGAAAAAAAUCAGUUGGAAAAACAUGAGAAUUUAGAAUGCCCUUUGCGACUGGUUAAGUGUCAAUUCUGUGAACUGGAGCUGGCAUUCAACAAAUCAGAAGAACAUGCUGAUUAUUGUGGAUCAAGGACUGAACCUUGUGCAGCUUGUGGUCGCAAUGUUUUGGUCAAAGACAGACAUGUGCACCACAUCUCCUGUGGCAAGGAUGUGGAGGAAAAGAAUAACAACCGUAUCAAACCUAGAUCUGUGUAUCACUUUGAAGAUAAUGCUGGGACUUGGUUUGAAAACCAACCAUUUGGGGUCCUUCAUCGGGAUGAAGGGAACCGUGUUAGGGCCAGGCCAAGAAUUUCUAGACAGUUGGAAGCCAAAGUUCACGGGAACAGAGAAGCAGGAUGUUUUGUGAGGGGGUCAGACAGGAGGAAUCUGCCGACCGUAGGUAGAGACCAGAAUCAAGCCAGCCUACUGAGGACUGAGAGAAAUAACUUGGCAGAUGUUACAGGUCCAGAGCAUGUGGAUGCCAACUCUAAUCUGGAUUACCUGCUUGCUCUCAGUCUCCAAAAUGAAAACAGUGAGGGUGGAGAGUGGCCACCUUUAUGGGAGGAUGCUCACUCUGAUUACAAAUGUUCAGAGCAACAGAAUGCAAUGGGCUUGCUCAGCACUCAGUCACCAUCUGAUAUAUUCCCAACUUCUGUAAAUGUCCAUGAAGAGGUAGCAAAUGAUGUCACAAUGUUACCUUGUGAGUUCUGUGAAGAACUCUUCCCUGAAGAAGAAUUAAUUAUUCACCAGACUGGCUGUAACCCAGUAAGUGCCUUUGCAUCAUUCAGUAAAAGUACCACACUUAUACCACCGUUACAAAGGGUCUCCAUUCCCAGGACAAAUGAUAUUUUCUCCCAUCGUCACCAUACGAAUCCUGAAUUGUUUUCAGAAGACUACACACUGCCAUCAUAUAGUCCAUUUGUGGGUUCCAGUGAUGGAGAUGUCAUGAUUCCGUGUGAGUUCUGUGGUUAUGCAUUAGAAGAAGAUAUGCUGUAUCAUCAUCAGAAUCAGUGUGAUUUGCGACCACCAACUGCAAGACCACCUGAUCAGGAAAUCAAUCGGCCUUUCCUAGUCACCGAUACGGAAACAAGAGAACCUCCACAAGUGCCCACUCACCGACAGAGACACCAAGGAGAUGUCAGGCCAAAUUAUUUUUCGCAUCUGAACAAUGUCCAGGCAAGACCAGCGAUUCGACCUGCACAAAAAACAAAACCAACAGGAGCUCCAGCAACAUUUAGACCAGGGAUUGGAGCCCAUAAGUCUCCAAGUCCAGACACCGAGAGCAGUACCCUAAAUACAAGAAGUACAAAGCUUCCCAACAGAGAAACAUCUGAAUUGAGGCGGCGGACCCGGAAACCUUUGGAAACAUCUGUGGGUUCUCCUCGUCCUAUUGGAGACGUAUUCCCAGAAAGCUACAAAUCAAACUUUCCACAUGCACCCACUGCUAGAUCCAGUCUGAGAACAGAAGGAUCCAGGGUUUCUAGGAACACAGUUGCUCCAAUCUCGAGGAGCAGAGUGCCAGGAAUCAAGCAGAAAACAAGACCAGAAAAUGAUGAGAAAGAGGAGGAGUGAUGAAAUGGAAUUAUACUUGUUACAAUGGUGUCCAACUCCUAAAUUAUAUCUAGUGCUAAAACUCAGGACGUUCUUUUAUUUUCUAUGCAAAAGAAAUAUUUAUCUGAGUGUGGUUUAAGUGGUAGUGUGUUUUUAUUUCCUCUCCACUCUUGUUUUCAUUGGGAGGUUUAAAAAAUAUGUACUCACCAGGAACUCACUUUUUUGGAUCCCUGCACCACAUAAGUAACUUAAAAGGCAGCAGAAAAUUUAAUUUAGGCAUUUUGUGCACUUCAUUCAAGUGAAUAAUGUGGAGACAUUUGACCACACAACUGAUAGGUUAGGGAAGAAAACCGCUCACAUUGAUGCCCAUUCCAUUUCAGUGGGGCCUGCUUUAGAAAUUUGCAAUCUUGAACAGACAACCUUAGGAUAUGAUUUUACGUUGCGUGAUCAAUUUGAAGCAUCACAUAAUAGGAAAGGGCUACUAAUAAGUUCAAAAGACUUAAUGUGUCCCAAACGAAGAGUAGUACCUAACCAUCCCAAUUAUAGUUGGGGUAUAGGUGACAACCUGAAAUUUUUGUUCAAUUUUUCUGUUUUAUCUCUUGUCAUUUUAGGUAAGGGUGUAACACUUUCAAUGCUGAUAUUGGUGUAUUUACCUUUGAACUUUGCUUUCUGUCAUUUUUUUAACUCUUGUUGCUCUGUUCUCUCUUACAGGAAUUAAUUUUAUCUCUGCUUGUAUUAUGUUCCAUCUCUGUCUCUUUUGAAUUCAUUUUUUCAUUAAAUUUUAAGUAACAGCACAAUAUAUGCAGAAUUGGAGAAAUAACAUUAGUAUUUGAGGGAGUUGUACAUAUAAAAGUUUUUAAUCUGCAUUUUUGGGCAUGGCCGAUCAGUCCUAAUUACGGUGAAGAGGUAACGUUUUUAAGACAGUUGUGUUGUGUGGGGAUCACAUCAGUUUCUCUGGACUAGUUUUGACAACAGAUUGUAGGGGCACUUCAUUGGAAUGUACUUUGUUUUAUAAUAGAGUUAAUUUGACAAAGCACCAGGUGAGCUUGAAUUGUCCUUCAGGUCUACAGUCUCCUGGGAAUAAAUGGGAGGAUUAAGAUGCUUCAUUGCAAAACUGCUUGCAACCUGUCCUCCAGUUUUGCAUCAUUUUAGAAGCUGAUAAAGACUAUUUAAUAAACUGUACUAACAUAGUUAAGGAUUUCAGAAAUGUAAAUGAGAGAAGCUAAGAAGUUCGCGACUUCUAAAGGUGGUAAAAAUGCACAGGAAACAGUUGGUCACGUGGAAGAGGAAGAUGUGUAUAAGAGAGUGUAUUCAGUCUGGCCAACUGGGGCAGAGAAAAGAUGUAUGUAUAGGAUUGAGAUCUGUAGAAAGAGAACUGUAGAAAGCCUGAAUCAGCUUUGGCAUGUCUUUGUGAUCCACACCAUGGAGCACCUUGUUGGGAUUGGGUUACCACUGUGCCUGUCUGCAGGUGAAAAAUGUCGUCCAAUUGGAAGGAUAAACUCUGUUGUAGGAAAUUUGUCUAUAUAUGGCAGUAAAUAGAAAUUACUUGCUGGUCUUGAAAUUUAAAUCUCUUCAACCUUUUGAGUUUUAACAGAAAAACAUGGCUGCCCUCUUUUCUGUCCUUUGCAGUAACUUCAGUUAGAUCAACUGGUAAGGUUUUUACUGCCUAUGUAGGAGGCAGAUUCAUACUUUUAUUGGUAUCUAUUUGUUGCCUGGAGAGAUGUCUCUUUAGAUUUGGAAUUGUCUUAGUAGACAGAAGUUCCAAUUUUAAUGUGGAAUCAUCGUUUGGUGUGGGUCAGAUGUAAGUCAGUUCUACCACUGACUCCGCAACUGGAGUGCUGUGGGACAUUUUAAAAUGUUGUAUGUGUUCAGUGGGAAAAUAUCCUUUCUUGCAGUUGGUGUAUUUGUAUACUUUUAAACAUCUUUAUUGUAAACUUGUUUGUUUUAAAAUGUAUGAGGUGGCUCUUGAUUUGCUCCUGUUUAAACUUGACUUUGAACUUGAGUUCGAAGAGGUACUACCUGCUACAAAUUCUGCUUGGCCGUAAGGUUGUGACAUCAGUAAAGAAAUAUUUGUUUUAAUUAUUUUAGAAACAUUGACCAGGUAUUCAUCACGAAACUCAAAUUUAAGUUUAUCCCUCAAAGUAAGGGAAUGAGUGGUCAUUGCACAUAUCUCUUCUCAAUGUUGACUGUGAUUUUUCUUCCAACAAUGUGCUGGCUCUGUGCCUAAUUUGUUCAGGAUCAAGUAUCAAAACCCAGGCAACACCAGUACAUUGUGCAUCAGUAACUGAAUGAGCAAAUAUAACUGAGCAAUAACAUGCCUAAUAUCCUUGCCCUGUGCGCAGCCACCACUGCUUUUGUCUUGAGCAGAUCAUGGGUAUAGCUUGCUAAUAUUUGUGAACACCCAUUUUUAAGUUGACAAAUUGUGACUCAGUCACACAUUGUGAUAACUUUUUUAUUUUUCUUCCUUCUCUCCAAAGUUUCUUUUUGUUUUUUCCUUCCUCACUCUUGAUUUUAGGUCCUUUGGGUAGAGCUGUGGGCUGUUCUUGGAAUGAUGGUGGGCUUUGCAAUUCUAAGCAAUUCAUUCAUUCAUUAAAUUAAUCAUAGAUGCUUUUUCCUUUAAUGUGAUACUACAUUAAUGGGAGAUUGAAGAGGAGAGGACUUAUUAUAGGUUCGGUACUUUUACUUGAGAUAGUGUUGUUAACGAUUUCCUGAAUAUUUUAAGAAAUGGGUGGGAGAGUAAACAAAGAUUUAGUGUCUGUGUGCAUAUGUUUGUAGUUCUAUAGAAUAGACUAAAAUCUAUACCUCAUUCUUGGAUAGAGAGGUGGUAGAGGUAUGGAAAUGAUAUGAAUGCUGCAAUUUUAUUAGUCUUGAGCACAAGCUUAGGAAUCUCAAAAGUAAUUCUUUAGCUGGCUAAACUGUAAAGAUCCUUACAAAUCUGGAUUUGUUUCACACCAAAAUUACUUACCACUCCUGGCCAGUUCAUUUCUUUCAAUUUUAAAACUUGAGGAAACACUUAUUCAAUGUGCUGUGUUCUCUAAACUAAUGUUGAUUAUACAGUAUGUAACCAUCCCAUUCACUGUGGACUGAAUUUGGUGACUGUAUCCUUUUUUAAAUGACUGAAAUGUUCUGUCUCAUACCAUUGUGGUUUCUUUAUCACCAGCAUACAGUUAACUGCAAAAUCUUGUCAGCUACUUAUGAUUUUUAAAAAAUUAGCUAUCUGUAAUGUGUAAAUGUAUUGACUUGCAAUAUAUAAUAAAGGUUGUGGUUCGACCUGUUUUUGUGAAAUUUAAGUGAAUCCUCUAAUUGCUAAUUUCAGAAUUAUGCAUUUGCUGCACUGUGCUGGCUCUCCAAAUGAGCAUCGUGCCAAGUGUCAUUUCUGACAAAGUUGCACUGUUCCUUUUAUCUAACAAUCACCUUUUUGAAUGCCUCAACUUGUCUCCAGUAUACUUAGUUAGUGGAUGUAGGUUUGCUCACUGAGCUGGAAGGUUCCUUUUCAGAUGUUUCAUUACCUUACUAAGUAACAUCUCCGAUGGGCCUCGGGCAAAGCAAUGCUGAAGAUUCCUGCUUUCUAUGUUUGGUUUUCAAGACCGUACAACAUUUUUUGUUUGAAAUAAAGGUCAAUAUUCCUUUUCCUUCCCUAUUAGCCACUGAACCUGGAUGCUAGCUUUGAGAUUUAUGCAUGAUUACACCCAAAUUUCUGUGCUGUAGCAGUUAGUAGUCUUUCCCUAUUCACAAUCUUGUGUCAAGCUCACCACUUAGCUUCCCACCUAUUUUUGUCAUCCACAAAUUUGGCAAUAGUACAUUUGCUUUCCUCAUUCAAGUUAUUAACAUUUUAAAUAAUUGUGGCCAGCACUAAUCCUUGUGGCAUUCCAUUAGUUCUAGCUUGCCGUUACUGAAAAUGACCCUGUAAUCCAAUUCUAGCCUAUCACUUAGCCAAUCCUCUGUGCGUACUGGUAGCAUUUCUAACACUGUGGACUUGUACCUUUUUAAGUUACUAUGCAUUAGGCUAUUUAGAACAUGCCUUCUGAGGAUCUGGAUACAUUGCAUAUGUUGCUUUCCUUUCCUUUUAUCCUGUUUAAAUGUUUGAAGAAUUUGA